AUGUCUCUAUAUGUAGAUGAUAUUGUGUACACGGGGAAUAAUCAACCAAUGUUGGAGGAAUUCAAGAGAGACAUGAUGACAAAGUAUGAAAUGACAGAUUUGCGGCUCUUGCAUCAUUUUCUGGGAAUGGGAGUCAAUCAAACACACACAAGCAUUUUUAUUCAUCAAAGAAAGUAUGCUACAUCUUUGUUGAAUAAAUUUGGCUUGAGUGAGUGUAAAUCUGUUGCUACACCUUUGGUUACAACUAAGAAGCUUAGCAAAGAUAAUGGCAGUGGUCCAGCAAAUGAAGAACAAUAUAGGAAGAUUGUGGGAAGUCUAUUGUAUCUCACAGCCACAAGACCUGAUGUGAUCUAUGCAGCUAGUUUACUUGCAAAAUUCAUGCAUUGCCCUACCAACAAACACUAUGGAACUGCCAAAAGAGUUCUCAGAUAUAUCAAAGGAACACUUGACUAUGGUUUAGAGUAUGUGAAGGGAAGAAAUGCAAUUCUAAUUGGUUAUUGCGAUAGUGACUGGGGUGGUUCAUUGGAUGACAGUAAAAGUACCUCAGGAUAUGCUUUCUCUUUUGGUAGUGGAGUUUUCUUGGGCCUCGGUUAA